CGGGGCGGGUCACGUGCCAUUGUUUGGCGCUUUUGUGCGCGGCGGGGCGGGCGCGAGCGGAGUGUGACCGGAGCGGCCGAGCGGGCAGGAAUUCAACCGAUUGAAAUCCUCCCAGAGUUGGCUUCUGGAGCUGUAUUUUCUUGGUCAUGGCUACUUCUGAUAUUCAAGUGAAGGAACUGGAGAAGCGUGCCUCCGGGCAGGCCUUUGAGCUGAUACUCAGCCCUCGCUCGAAAGAAGCAGUUCCAGAAUUCCCUCUUUCUCCCCCAAAGAAGAAGGAUGUGUCAUUGGAGGAGAUUCAAAAGAAGUUGGAAGCGGCAGAAGAGAGACGCAAGUCUCAUGAAGCAGAAGUCUUGAAGCAGCUCGCUGAGAAGCGGGAGCAUGAAAAGGAGGUGCUUCAGAAAGCCAUUGAAGAAAACAACAACUUCAGCAAAAUGGCAGAGGAGAAGCUGACCCACAAAAUGGAAGCCAACAAAGAAAACCGUGAGGCGCAAAUGGCUGCUAAACUGGAACGCUUGAGGGAGAAGGACAAGCACAUUGAGGAGGUUCGAAAGAACAAAGAAGGCAAAGACCCCGGUGAGGCUGAAACCGACUGAUUUCAUUCUGGAAACUGACUCUCUCCCCCACCUCUAAAUAUCCAAAGACUGUACUGGCCAGUGGUUUUAUCUUUUGGUUUUGUUUGUUUUGUUUGUUUUUUUUAAGUUUCUAGAAACUGAUGUAGAACUGUUAAAAUUAGAUCCGAACUGUACACUUUUUCUUUUGGGGGCUAGAGGGGAGAACUUACAUGUUUCACUUUUUCUAAAAAAGAAAAAAGAAGUGUUGUCUUUCCAGUGUAGCUAUCUUCUUGUUGCAUCCUUUUUCUACUCCAGUGCUCUUGCUACUGGGUUGAUGGCUAGUACUGUAUCAGCUCUGUAAGACGUUUGUGAAAGGAAUCUGUAGUAUCUCCUGUUCCAUGCUGAAUAUCUGUUACACUGCAAAAAAAAAAUAUCUGACUGUCCCACUCUGCUAAAAUACUGCUGUAACUGAGUGACUAAAUAAAGCUGCACAGUGCUGUUAUCAUAAGAA